AUGUCGGAGUGCAAGCUCGCAGCCAAGGAGGCCUACUUCGAUGAACAUGCACUCUUAAAUCUCGAAGACGACGACGACGACGACGUCCCCAACAAAAGCCUACAGAAUCUCCAAAAUGCUCUAGAGGAAACACGACCCAAGGUUCGCAAACCGACGGGCAGUUUCCUAGGGCCAACCCCCAAGGAACAGCAAGCAGAGUUCGAGGCGUAUGCAAAGAGACAAGCGGGGUGGGAGGCGUUUACAAAGAAGAGACGCGGCACUAAACGUCAAACAAGUCAAGAUCCUGUACUCCCAUCGACAGCGCCUGAACCUGAACUUGCGAAAAGCUUCCCAGCCACCAAGCCGCGAAGUGGACUGGCAGCCAAAGGCAAGGGCAAGUUAAAGAGAGCCUCGUCACUAACCGAAGUACCAUUCUGGAAGCAAGUUGGAGUUGUUCCUCGAGAGCUCAAGCAUAGAAAGGCGAAACCAGCGCAAGAUAUCGAGCUGUACCCUCCCCACAAGCAGCUUUUCAAGGAUAAGAUUGUAUACUUUUAUCCCAACGACGACAUAUCAGUGGCGCGACGAAGACGUAUACAUAAGGUCAUACAACUUGGAGCGGCUUGGGUGACAUCAUGGAGAGACGAUAUCACACACAUCAUUAUAGAUGACGCAACCUAUAAGUGCAAGUACAUGAUGGAGCGCUUGAAUCGAACGUACAUUCCGGAACAUAUCGUCUUGGUCAUCUUCGACCCCUAUGUACCAGACAGUAUACAGUUCGAAGAGAGCAUUCCCUCUACUCUCCCUGAAGCCAAGGCUCUUGCUCAUCUUCCUCUUGAUGAAGAUGAGGAUGCAGAUUCCCUUUUAGCCAGCGGAAUCGAUGAUGCAGAGGACUCCGGUACUGACGAAGAGCCCCUUGUGGCUCUCAAGCCUACAAAAUUGUCAAACAUUCUUUCUAGAUCAUCGGCAUUGCGUGACAAGAAGGUCAUCAAUAUGAAUACAUUCCAGUGCAUGGACCCAGGCGCCAAUGGAUACAACUCUCAGAACCCGAACGCGAGGACUAUCCAGAUAUUAGAGGAAAUGUGCAAGCACUAUGAUCAGAUGCAGGAUCAUUGGCGAACUCUGAGCUAUCGCAAGUGCAUCAACACAUUGAAAAAGCAAACAGUUAAAAUCACCACAGCAGAGCAAGCCAUAGCACUACCCUUCAUCGGCACUCGACUUGCUGAUAAGAUUGAGGAGAUUGUACUCACAGUCCGUCUUCGUCGAUUAGAUAGUACGCGCGAUGACCCUUUGGACAAGAUCUUGCGUCUAUUCCUCGGUAUCUACGGUGCUGGCCUCUCUCAAGCAAACAAGUGGAUACAAACAGGCUACCGCACCCUCUCCGAUCUUGAGACCAAGGCAAAGCUCACACCAAGCCAAAAAGUUGGCUUGGAACACUAUACUGACUUCAACUCGCGGAUUCCACGCGCUGAAGUGGAAGUCCAUGGAGCUGUCGUCAUCGCUGCACUCAAGAAGAUUGACCCAAAAUUCAAAGCCACUAUUAUGGGCAGUUACCGCCGCGGCGCAAAGGAUUCUGGUGACAUAGAUAUGAUAAUCACAUGUCCCGACACGCCACUUGCUGCUAUGCGCACCACUGUCUUUGAGGUCCUGGUCCCACAUCUCUACAAGACUGGGUUUCUGAAAGCCUCACUGGCAACAUCCCGCUCCAACGACCCUGCAGGUUCAAAAUGGCACGGCGCAUCUUGUCUGCCCGAGUUGACUGUGUGGCGUAGGAUGGAUCUCUUGCUUGUUCCCGAGGAGGAAAUGGGUGCUGCACUCAUCUACUUCACAGGAAACGACAUUUUCAAUAGGAGCAUGAGGCUUUUGGCAAGGAAAAUGAAUAUGAGGCUGAACCAGAGGGGCUUGUAUAAGGAUGUAAAGAGGGAAGCACGGGGCGAGAAGUUGAAUGAGGGAGUGCUCGUGGAAGGUCGCAAUGAGAAGAAGAUCUUCGAGACUCUUGGAGUACCUUGGAGGGAGCCACAUGAGAGGAUUUGUUAG